AUGGGAAAUUUUCGUUGGAAUUAUGUAGCACUCAUCUUUCUUGUGCUGCCUUGUUUCUUUGCAUUGGAGACGACAACAUCAACAAGAACAGAAGUUGAAGCUCUUCUGAAAUGGAAGAGCAGCUUGUUGAUGUUGUCUUCUUCUUCUUCUUCACUCAAAUCAUGGUCACUAUCCAACCUAAGAAACCUUUGUAAUUGGAGGGGCAUUGUCUGCUGCAAUGGUGGUGGAUCUUCUGCUGUUUCCGAGAUCAAUCUUCCUAAUGCUGACCUCUCUGUUGCUCUUGAUCAGCUCAAUUUUACUUCUUUUCCAAAUCUCACACGUUUCAACAUCGGUGGAAACAACUUCAGGGGAUCAAUCCCUGCUGCCAUUGCUCAUCUGUCCAACCUGCUCUUCUUGGACUUGAGCAGCAAUACGUUUGAUGGAAGCAUACCGCCACAGAUUGGGAAGUUGAGGAAGCUUCAGUACCUCAACCUUUACAGCAAUUCGUUUAGUGGAGUUGUUCCUCAUCAGAUUGGAAAUCUUCAGAAGGUAUGGUUCCUCGACCUUGGAUCAAAUUUAUUAUUGGAUGCUCCUGAUCGGUCUAAAGUUAAGAGUCUUCCUGUGCUGAGACAUCUCAGUUUAUCUAGGAAUGAAUUUGGGUCAAGGUUCCCUGAUUUCAUACUAGGUUGUCGGAACCUAACUUAUCUUGAUUUGUCUGGAUGCAAUUUGAAUGGAUCAAUCCCUGAGUCAUUGUUCACUAGUUUGGAAAAUCUUGAGCAACUUGAUCUUUCAGACAAUAAAUUUUCAGGGCCUUUAUCACCUAGCAUUGGCAACUUGUCCAGCCUCAAACAUCUUAACUUAUUCACCAAUUCUUUUCAAGGGGAAAUCCCAUUCUCUAUAGGCCAACUCAAAGAUCUUGAAGUCUUGGAUAGUAGCUAUAAUUCUUUUCAAGGGAAAAUCCCACCUUCUAUAGGCCAACUCAAAAAUCUUCAAGUCUUGGAUAUUAGCUACAAUCACCUAAAUUCAACCAUUCCUUAUGAGUUAGGUCGUUGCACUAACCUCACACACUUGACUUUAACUAAUAAUUCACUCUUCGGGGUAUUACCUUCAUCAAUGUCCUCUUUGACCAAGUUGCUUAAAUUGGACUUAUCACGUAAUUUUCUUUCUGGCAAUAUUUCACCUUAUUUUGUCUCCAAUUGCACCAAGCUAAUGUCUUUGGAUCUUUCGAGCAAUUCCUUCAUUGGGAGUAUUCCAUCUGAAUUUGGUUUGCUCACAAAUCUUGAACACCUUUCCUUGGGUGCUAAUAAGAUUUCAGGCACUAUUCCACCUCAUAUAGGAAACUUAUAA